CCACUCGAACAUAACACAAACACAAGUCACCACAACUCCAAAAGCCAAAACUAAACAACAUUAAUCCUCUUCACAGACCCAUAUCUCUCUCUCUCUCUGCAACUCUUUGUCUUUACAAAACACAAUUAAAUCUUUUAUAAUUCAAAACACACACACACCCCUUAAUCCUCUUCCUCCUCCUUCUCCACCUCCUUGAACUCCCCACUCUCCUUUCCGGGUUAUCGGGUUCUGGAUCUGCCUCCCAAUUCCCCUACACCUCACUUUUCUCGGGUUCUCAAACCUCCCCAAUCCUCCACAUAUAAUGUCCCUUUAAAAGCAACUCCACUUUAUUCAACUUCUCACGAACACAAACCCUCAAUAACUCAACUCACUCUAUUUACUUCACUUCCUCAUCAUGGCUGGCAAUGGACAAGAAGGUUUAGGAGAUGAUUUCUUUGAGCAAAUAUUGGCACAUCCUUCUGGGUAUUCAACUGCUCAACCCACUGGUGAAGUCGGCUCCAGUUCAACCAUGCCCAUGUUCCUCCAACUGGGUUCUGGUGCUGCUGCCGCCGUUGGUGUUGGUGACAUGCGAGGCUUGGGUAUGGGUAUGGGGAUGGGGAUGGGGAUGGGCAUGAACAUGAAUAUGAUGCCUUUAGGCUUGAAUUUGGAACACGGGUUCUUGAGACAAGAAGAUAACAACACUAACAAUAAUGCUUCUUCUUCUCCUAAUUCUUCAACUACUUCUGCAAUCAACGAGAGAGAUUCGGUGCACAUGCCAAGUUUGUUUCCAGCGUUUGGACAGUUGCAAACUCAGUCACUACGGCCGUCACCGCCACGCCCGCCACAACUCCGUCAGCCAUUUCCUGGCCAACAAACACCAGGAGUUCCUGCUGUACCGCAACCUUCUGCCAUCCGCCCAAGGGUGAGAGCAAGACGAGGACAAGCCACUGAUCCUCAUAGUAUUGCUGAGAGGUUACGUAGGGAAAGAAUUGCAGAAAGAAUGAAGGCUUUGCAGGAGUUGGUUCCUAGUUGCAACAAGACGGAUAGGGCAGCCAUGCUUGACGAAAUUGUGGAUUAUGUGAAGUUUCUGAGGCUUCAGGUCAAGGUUUUGAGCAUGAGUCGAUUGGGUGCAGCUGGUGCUGUGGCUCAGCUAGUAGCGGAUGUACCUCUAUCGUCAGUUGAGGGAGAGAGCAUUGACGGUGGAACCAAUCAGCCAGCUUGGGAGAAGUGGUCAAAUGAUGGAACAGAACAAGAAGUAGCUAAGCUAAUGGAAGAAGAUGUUGGCGCUGCAAUGCAGUUCCUUCAGUCCAAGGCGCUUUGUAUCAUGCCUAUAUCACUUGCCAAUGCAAUCUUCCAGAGCCAUCAGCCGGAUGCACAACCGUACAUCAAGCCUGAAUCAAACACCCCUUCAUAGACCUGAACAGGAAUUGCAGUUUCACAUGAUGGAUUUUCUGGCAUGCAUCGGGGUCCCAAAUCCUGUAGCAGUCACAACAGCGGUAGAUUUUAUACUUAGCUCCAAUUUCUAACUACAUUCGAAAAAACAAUCAAGUCCAGUGCAAGUGUUGAUUCAUCUUUACAAUUUUGUCAAACAAGGAGUGACUCACAGGCAGUUGAUGCUAAGCAAUGGUCAAUUCGAAGUAAAAAUAUUUCAAAGCUGAAUUAAUGUACUUGCUCUGAAAUAUCUGUGGUGGGGUUAGUGGAGGAUGACCAAAAUACCGGAAGUGGGAACUCGCUUUCUUUCUUUUUGGUUAGUGCAAUGUGGGACCUUUUAAAAGGGAUAGAUAGGUAUGUGUAUGAUGUAUUUGAAGAAAAAUUUAAAUGCAAGUUGAUAUAUCUAAAUGGUUGAUUGUUUUCUAAAGCA